UCGGGUCGUGGGGCGGAGUGAAAAGCGGGCGGGCGGGAGGCGCCGGCGCCAGACGCGGAGGGAAGGAUCUACGAUUAGCCGCUGAGAGGCUACGGAGCCAGCCACGACCGAAUCAGUCGAGCUGCCGCCGCCGCCGCCGCGCCCCCAUGGCGGCCGCCAAGGAUUCGCACGAGGAUCGGGACGCCACCGAAAGUGUAGACGAAUCCAGCCAUGACCCCCAGUUUGAGCCGAUAGUUUCUCUCCCUGAACAAGAAAUUAAAACGCUGGAGGAAGACGAGGAGGAACUUUUUAAAAUGCGGGCAAAGUUGUACCGUUUUGCCUCAGAAAAUGACCUCCCGGAGUGGAAGGAGCGGGGCACCGGCGACGUGAAGCUCCUGAGGCACAAGGAGAAGGGCAGCAUCCGCCUGCUCAUGCGCAGGGACAAGACCCUGAAGAUCUGCGCUAACCACUACAUUACACCACUGAUGGAGCUAAAGCCAAACGCAGGCAGUGACCGAGCCUGGGUCUGGAACACCCAUGCCGACUUCGCUGACGAGUGCCCCAAGCCAGAGUUGCUCGCCAUUCGGUUCUUAAAUGCUGAAAAUGCACAGAAAUUCAAGACGAAGUUUGAAGAGUGCAGGAAAGAGAUUGAAGAGAGAGAAAAGAAAGGCUCGGGUAAAAAUGAUAAUGCUGAAAAAGUGGCCGAAAAGCUAGAAGCUCUUUCGGUGAAGGAGGAGACUGAGGAGGCGACUGGGACCAAGGUGUCUGAGGGCGAAGAGGCCGAGAAGAAUGAGGAGAAGCAAUAA